AUGGGAAAUAAAUAUCUGCAGAGCCUCCAGGCCAGUAAGCCGGUACCAUACGACCAAAUACAACUUACUCCUUUUGUCCCAUAUUAUAAGCUGUUUUGGCAUAAUGUAUCUGCAAUUUUCUGGAUAUAUACUUAUACUCAUAGAGAUGCUCCUAAUGACCUCGAUGUGUCAAGCUGUGGCCUGGGUAACAACAUCCACCCUCUGAUUCUAGUCCCAGGAAACGGAGGUAAUCAGAUAGAGGUAAGACUUGACCAACAUUACAAGCCAAAGAGCGUCUGGUGUAGCAGCUGGUUAUGCCCGAUCCGCAAGAAGAGUGGUGAAUGGUUCAGGCUAUGGUUCGAUCCAUCAGUGCUAUUGUCUCCCUUCACCAAGUGCUUCAACAAGCGAAUGAUAUUGUACUAUGACGCCGAUUUGGAUGAUUAUCAAAACGCUCCACCUGUACACACCCGGGUUUGCAAUUUCGGUUCUACCAAAUCCCUUCUCUACCUCAACCCUCUUCUCCGAGAUGCCACAUCGUACAUGUCACAUUUGGUGAAAGCUCUAGAGAAAGACAGCGAGUAUGUUAACGACCAAACCAUCCUGGGAGCUCCAUAUGACUUCAGCAAGAACGAAGGAAAGCCAGUGAUACUCCUCUCCCAUAGCCUAGGAGGCCUUUUCGUUCUCCAUUUCAUCAACCGUACCACCCCUUCCUGGCGCCGCAAGUACAUCAAACACUUUGUCGCACUCGCUGCGCCGUGGGGCGGUACCGUUGAGAAGAUGAAGACAUUUGCUUCUGGAAACACACUCGGUGUUCCUUUUGUUAACCCUUUGCUUGUCAUGCCGCAACAGAGGCGAUCCGAGAGUAACCAAUGCUUACGAGAUGGUAAGUUUCUUGAAGACAUUGGGUUCUCUGAAGGUGUAGUCCCUAAUUACAAGACAAGAGUGUUGCCUUUAACAGUGGAAGUUGUGACUCCUGGAGUGCCGGUCACUUGUAUAUACGGGAAAGGGUUUGAUACUCCGGAGGUUUUGGUGUAUGGAGAAGGAGGAUUUGAUGAGCAACCAGAGAUUAAGUAUGGAGAUGGAGACGGAACUGUUAAUUUGGCGAGCUUAAAAGCUUUGGAGUUGAUUCACAGAGUUGAGAGCUUGACAACUGUAGAGAUUGGUGGAGUCUCGCAUACCUCUAUACUUAAAGAUGAGAUCGCACUUAAAGAGAUUGUGAAGCAGAUUUCGAUUAUUAAUGAAAAGAGAGCAGUCUAA